AUGGCAUCUUCGCGGUCGCUGAGCUCCGACCUGCCGGUGCUGCUGGAGCAGCUGGAUGAGCAAGAGCUGGCCACGUUCAAGACCAUCCUGAGCAACCUGGGCAAGCAGCAGGAGCUGUGGCGUAUCUCCCAGGAGGAGAUGGCCAACGCCAACAGGCAGCGGCUGGCCGAGCUCAUGGACAGGCUUGGCCAGCGGCACCAGAUGGAGAUGGUCACCAUGCAGGUGUUCAAGCAGAUGAACCGCGUGGACCUGUCGGAGCAGGCCAAGGACAGGCUUGGCGCAAUCACAUGGCGCUUCCCCAUACUGCCACCUGGGGAUGAAUACAAGGGCUACCUGCAAGAGCCAGCCACAGAGGCGCAGUACAAACACCUGAUGAAGAAGAAAUUCUCCCAGCUCUGGCAAAGCAGCCCCGGGCUAGGCAACCGCGAGAGCAUCAAUGCCUUCAGCCGCAAAUACGAGCGGCUCAUCCCCUUCUGUCACCCCAGGGCGUUCGAGGCUCCGUUCCCACAGACUGUGGUGCUGCAGGGCCCGGCGGGAGUGGGCAAGAGUGCGCUGGCGCUCAAGCUGCUGCGGGACUGGCUGGACCGCGGCCUGGGCCUGCCCUUCCAGUUCGCCUUCUACCUCAGCUGCCCCGAGCUCAGCCGCCUGCGCGCCUCGUGCAGCUUCUCGGAGCUGCUCACCAGGGACUGCCCGGCCCAGCUGCAGGAGCAGCUGCUGCGCGGUGUGGCCGAGGCGCGCCACGUGCUGCUGCUGCUGGACGGCCUGGACCAGCUGUGCGUGCCCCCUGGCACCCUGGUCAGCGACCUGUGCGGCGACUGGCGGCGGCCCAAGAUGCCGGCCGUGCUGCUGGGCAGCCUGCUCAAGCGGAAGCUGCUGCCCAGAGCCACACUCCUGGUCACCACGCGGCCACGCGCCUUGCGCGAGCUGCGCAUCCUGGUGGAGCAGCCACUGCUGGUCCACGUGGAGGGCUUCUCGGAGGCGGAGCUCCGGGACUACUUCCUGAAGCACUUCCAAGAUGAGGCGUGGGCGCUGCGGGCCCUGCGCGCCAUGCAGGCCAACGCGACCCUGACCCGCCUGGCCGCAGCGCCCGCCGUGUGCUGGCUGGUCUGCACCUGCCUGCACGGCGAGCUGCAGCGCGGAGAGGACCCCGCCACCGCCUGCGUCACCACCACUGCGCUCUUCGUGCGCUUCCUCUGCAGCCGCCUCCCUCGGGACCCGGCCCUGUGCGCCCCGCUCCGGGCGCUCGCCCUGCUGGCCGCCCGCGGCGUGUGGGAGCAGGUGCCAGGGUUCCCCGCGUCGGAUCUCGACACCCUGGGCCUGAAGGAGCCUGACCUGCACCCCUUCCUGGAUGCGGGGGUGCUCCGCGAGAACCCCGGCCAGGCGCACAGCUUCUCCUUCGUGCACCUGAGCAUGCAGCAGUGCCUGGGCGCGCUCUCGUGCCUGCUGGAGGCCGAGGAGGGCCGCCGGGACAUCCGGGGGGCGCCCGACCUUUUCAUUGACAAGCUGCGAGCUGAGAACCCCGGCCUCGCCCAGACCGGCCGCUUCCUGUUCGGCCUCUUGAACCCCAAGAGCGCCCAGGAGCUGGAGGCGGCGUUCAGCUGCCACCUGUCCACCGGGAUCCGCCAGAAGCUGCUGCCUGGCCGCCCCGACUCCAAGGGCAAGGACGCUGCCACGGGCCGCUCCGUGCUGGCCACCCUGGAACCCUCCGAGGUCCUGUGCUGUCUGCACGAGUCCCAGGACACGACGUUGGUGACAGAGGCUGUGGCUGCCUUCCAGGAGCUCAACCUGCACCUGAAGGACCACUCCGACCUGGCGCAGUUUGCCUUCUGCCUCCAACACUGCCGCGGCCUGCAGGUGCUCUCCCUGCAGGUGGACAAGGGGGUCUUCCUGGAGGAGGCAGCCACGAAGGAAUCCAAAGAUGAGACCAGGUCCCAGCGUGAGGGUGAUGCGCUGCUUCACUGGACGGAGCUCUGUUCCGUGUUGAGCUCGAAUCGGGAUCUGAGCUCCCUGUACAUCAGCCAGAGCGUCCUCAGCGCCGCCUCUGUGAGGAUCUUGUGCGAGCAAGCCUCGGCUGCCUCGUGCCAGCUGGAGAAGCUGGUCCUCAGGAACACCUCCCCGGCGGACGCCUACGGGGCCCUCUGCCUCGCUGUCAGCGGCCACCAGACCCUCACGCACCUGAUCCUGCAGGGCGGCGACGGGCCGGACAUGAUCCCCGCACUGUGCAAGGUGCUGAAGGACCCCAGCUGCCGGCUGCAGUACCUGCGGUUGGUGUCCUGCUCAGUCCCCGCUCAGCAGUGGGGUGAGCUGGCCCUGGCCCUGGCCACCAACCUGUCCCUGACAUGCCUGAACCUCAUGAACAACAAGCUCCUGGACGAGGACGCCAAGCUGUUCUGCAAGGCCUUGAGACACCCACAGUGCCCCCUGCGGAAGCUGGCGCUGGAGAACUGCCACCUGACGGAUACACCCUGCAAGGAGCUGCGCUCCGCCCUGGUCAUCAACCAGCGCCUCACACACCUGUGUUUGGCCGAGAACGAACUUGGGGACAGCGGGGUGAUAAUCCUGUGUCAGGCGCUGUCAUACCCCGAAUGCAACCUGCAAAUGCUGGUGCUGUGGUGCUGCAGCCUGACCAGCAAGGGCUGCGUGCAAGUCUCCGCACUGCUGCACCUCAAGUCGAGCCUCACACACCUGGACCUCGGGCUGAACCAGCUGGGCAUUGCCGGCAUGCGGGCGCUGUGCCAGGCGCUCAAGCAGCCACAGUGUAACCUCAAGUGCCUGUGGCUGUGGGGCUGCGCCAUCCCCCCGUUCAGCUGCGCCGACCUCGCCUCCGCCCUCGUCAUCAACCGCAGCCUGACCACUCUGGACCUGGGCCAGAACGCCUUGGGGUUCAGCGGCCUCAAGAUCCUGUGUGAUGCCGUGCGGGUGCCCAGCUGCCCCCUGCAGAGCCUCAGGCUGAAGCUGGACGAGACCGACAUACACGUCCAGAAGCUGCUGCGGGAGACUCGCGAGGGAAACCCGCGGCUGACCAUCAAGAACGACAGCCGCGACCCCAGGCGCCCACGGCCCUCGGCCUGCGACUUCAUGUCCUGA